GAAGCCACCGCCUGGCUCGAUGCGCCCGCGGAGCGCUUUUGCCCGCGUGCGAAGCGUCUACGCCUGUCGCCGGGACCUGCAGCGGGCACAAAGCGCGGCGGAGGCGGCACGCGGGGCGCGCCCGCAGAGUGCGCCGCUGACGCAGACAGCCACGGCGCCCAGCUUGGAUACUUUGGCAAG